UGGGGUUGGGGUGCGUGCGUGCCAACUUGAGGUGGCUGUGCGCGUCUCCACCCCUUGUACUCUCUGGCCCGUGGGAACCCGUCCCUCCCUCCACCGCUCUCUGCCUCCGUCCCUUCCUCUCAUCUAGCUGGGCCCAGGUCGGAGGUGCCGGACGCCUGGGUCCUCUGGCUGGUUAGGAGGGUGAGAACGGGGAGCAGCCUUCGCCAUGCUGCCGGCGGGAGGCGUCUACACCAUGAAGAAAAGGAAAAAGCCCGUGCCGAAGAGUCCCAAGCCACCCCCUCCUGAGGGCACCAAAUUCAACCCUUCAAAAAGACACCGGGACCGUCUGAAUCAGGAGCUCAACCAACUUACCAACUUGUUACCCUUUCCCGAGGACGUCCGGGCCCGGCUGGACAAGCUUUCCAUCCUCAGGCUGGCUGUGGGUUACCUGAAGGUAAAGGGCUACUUCGAAGCCAUUUUGAAGAACCCCAGUACAGGCCUGCCAGAUGACCAAUCUGCAAAUUCAGGAGGAAAUGUCAAGCUGCCUCCUCAAAUCAACCAGGAAGUAUUUUCUGAAGGAGACUUGCUUCUUCAGGCUCUCCAUGGGUUUUUCAUUGCAGUCACUGCAGAUGGAUACAUCUUCUAUGUCUCGCCUACUGUUCAGGACUACCUGGGAUUUCAUCAGUCAGACAUCAUUUACCAGAGCGUGUUUGAGCUGAUCCACACGGAUGACAGGGCCAUGUUCCGUUGCCAGCUGCAUGGGUCCCUGACCCCCCCAGCAUUCAGGGAAGUGGAGCAGGACUCCAGCUCUCUGCCUGUGAAUGAGAGCCCUCUACACAGUACCAUCAAGUCUGACCCUCAGUACCUGUCCCUGGAGAAUUCUUCCUUCCUGAAGAGAAGCUUUGUCUGCCGAUUCCGCUGUCUGCUGGAUAAUUCUUCAGGGUUCAUGGCUUUGGAUUUCCAUGGUCGCCUGAAAUUCCUUCAUGGGCAGAAUAAAAAAGCUGAAGAUGGAUCCCUCAUGCCACCUCAGCUGGCCCUGUUUGCUAUAGCAACACCCCUCCAGCCUCUCUCCAUCCUGGAACUCCGGGCAAAGAUAUAUAUUUUUCAGACCAAACAUAAGCUGGACUUCACACCAAUGGCUUGUGAUGCUAGAGGGAAAAUGCUUCUGGGUUACACAGAAACUGAGCUCUGCAUGAGAGGCUCUGGAUACCAGUUUAUCCAUGCAGCAGACAUGAUGCAUUGUGCUGAAAAGCAUGUAAGAAUGAUGAAGAUGGGUGAGAGUGGAAUGACCAUCUUCAGGCUGCUCACCAAGAAGGCUGGCUGGCUCUGGGUCCAGGCCAAUGCCAGGCUCGUGUACAAAGGAGGCCAGCCAGACUGCAUCAUUGCUCGGCAGCGGGUACUCUCGAAUGAGGAGGGUGAGGAACAUCUGCACAAGCGGGCCACCUCACUGCUGCCCUUUAACUUUGCCACGGGGGAGGCUGUCCUGUAUGAGAACAAGCUUCCAGACUGCCUCAGCUCUCUCCCUCCCAGGAAGGGGUUCAAGGCAAAGAAAGAAGCUUAUCUUGACCAUGACCCAGCCAACCCCAAUUCCCUCCUGGGAGCCAUGAUGCAGCCAGAUGAAUCUGCACACAUUUCCUGGACUGUUCCUGUGUCCUCAUUUUCCUUUACAGAUGUUACGCAAGCCCCUAGGGAAUGGUGUGCCAAUGACAAGAAUGGGAAGAUCAUCAAAGAUGAGAUGGAUUCCCUUAUGGCCAUCAUUGAGACAUUACUUGAGGAAAAUGAGACUGAGAGUGACAUCUGCAAAACCAUCCAGAACCUGGAUGUUGAUAACCUCGAAUUACAGAAGUGCGAAGAAAACAUGUUCUCAGUGAAGCAAAUGGGGUCCCCAAGCUUCCAGGGAAGACUCCAGCAGGGAGUGACCCCCUUCACGGAUGAGGUGACACUCUCACCAGAGAAUAGAAAGGAUGUGGACUUUCCACCACUGAACAUCACGACGUCUUUACAGUCCCUAAGGCAAAAGGUUCCACUAAUGGGAGCAUCCCAUCAAACCGCUCCAAUGAAACCACUUCAGUACUUAUUUAUGAACUCCCCCAAAGAGAAGGAUGCAAGCCAUCCUCAGGAGCACUACUGGCAUUCUCUGGGCCCUGAUACAGUUGUCCAUUUAUCACCUGGAUUGCAGGAAAUCUUAUCAGACUUACCCCAGCAGAUAGAUGGACAGAGCCAUGAGGGUCCUUUGACCUUUGGAAUGUGCCUAAAUUCCAUGUCCACCCCUAAGAUACAAGCAACAUCUGGCCAACCAAGCCCCAGGCCCCUUUCCUCACAUCAGACCAGUUGGCAUCCCCUGGGACCAAGUUUAGACAGUUCCACCACAACAUUUCCACUGAAAUGCACAGAGUCUCUUUCUUUGGAAAAAGUAAGUUUUGAGAAGGAGACAGAGCACAGCUCGGGGUGUGAUGCUUCUGCCCAGUCAAUUCAGUUCCAGACACAUACACAUAGUAUUCAAUGGCAGGAUCCAGAGCCUACAGGGAUCUCAGUCCCUGGUGCUCAUCAGGGUCCUCCUCAGGGUACCAAGUCCAGAUAUAGUGUGGACUCUCUGACCCCAGCAGAGCCUAUGGAGGUAGAAUCACAAUUCCAAACACAGAGAGCUCGGCCGAACACACUUGGAAACCAUGAGACUAGCCGAUGGAUUUCUUCAAGGUUGGCUGACUACCCUCAAGGGGACAUGCUAGAUAUGGGAAUGACUCCAUUUUCCAGCCCACAGCAGACCCAGAGUAUGCCAGCAUGCUUUGGCCAACAGCCCAAUGCCCUGGAAGGUCAUCAGCUUCUGGGGAACUAUUCUUCUUGUUGGCCAAUCCACCAGCAGCGACCAUCAGCAGCAAUGGAUGUUUACGGUAAAUUGCAAGACUUCUCAACCCAGCAUCAGCAGCAGUUGGUGCAAGGGACUGACCAUUCUGCAGUGCCCUGCAGGCCAACUCUGGGACAUCCCAGUGUGCAUCUCAUUGGAGAGGCGGGGCCCAGUGGCCAUCACCAGACUGCACCUGAUCAGGAGGCCAGCUGCCAGAGAGCUAGGAGGCUCCAGAGCACACAGAAGUCCUCUGCUUCUGUCACAUGGCAGAGGGAAUGCUCACUCUCCUUACCUGAAUAUCAAAGCAGCAUUCCCACUGUGGAAAGCAACAUCUCUUCUCAGGCAACUCAUGUUUCACCCUUUCUUAGACCCCCCCAUCUCAGCAGUAAACUGGGAGAAGCCUCACUCUCUUGCACAGACAGACUCACUGGCUCAGCCCCUGAGAGGGAAGCAAAGCCAGGACUGGACUGGAGUCCUCCCCCCCAUCCUUCAGACCCUCUUCUCUCCCACAUGUUAUUAUUAGAACAACAAGCAGAUGGUGGGCCGAUUGUCAGUCAUGGCGUUCACUGCAAGGUCAUAGCUCGAGGAUGGAGAGGAACACUUUCAAUCAAGAGGGAGUGGAAGCCCUGAGGGCCAGUAUCAUUCCCUGCACCAAGGGAUCAGGGACCCUGAGAAACAGUAUCAUUUCUAGUCCCAAGGGAGGAGAGGCCCUAAGGAGAGUAUUUAUUGUGAUUUCAAGGGAUCAGGGGCACUUCCUGGGUAAGGAACAGAUUUCAGAUCAAGAGAACAGUGACCACACCUCCACCUAAAUCACACCAGUUUGAAUGCACUGAAAACUUCCAAACCUCCCAAACUAGCUCUGAAAAUAGCAGUGCAAAAAAAGCCUGAAGCCUGAGACAGACCCCCCUCCCACUUACCCUGCAUGCCAGGAGCAGAGCCCAACAGUAACAUAAAAUUCCAAAUCAAGAGCUAGGAUGGGAAAAUGAGCAAACAAUAAAAAAGAACCUGACCAUAGAAAGCUACUGUGGUGCCAGGGAUGAUGAAGACAUAAACUCAGAAUACAAUGAAAUAAAAACAGCUACCCUCAAAAAUGUGAAUCCCAACAAAAAUUUGUGGAAGAGCUAAAAAACACUUUUUAAAUUACGACAAGAGUGAGAAAGGGAAAAAAAUAGGUAAAGAAUUGAAAGCAAAG